AUGGCGCCGCGACACGUGGAAGUUGCCCUCUUCACCAGGCAACUUAAGGUCAAGACUAUUUGUCGAGACUUUGGGUUGAUUUGUAUCCGGAGAGGUGGCCAAGAUGUUGAAAGUAUCAUUUCUAAGGAUGAUAUUUUGAAUGAAUACAAGAAUGAUAUCAUAGUUGUAGAUGAAGUGGUGCCAAAUGGGAUCAGUUCAACUGGAUUGAGGGAUUGCAUUUCAAGAGGAUUGUCAGUGAAGUAUUUGACAGCAGAUGAAGUUAUUGAUUACAUUAAAAAAAAUGGUCUGUAUAAAUCAGAAUGAAGAUGAUCCAAUCAAUUACUGAAUUUCAUAUUACAAUCUGAGGGGGUGGUCGAAAGUUUUAAACUAUUUUAAGCAUAUAUCUCGUCUCAUUUAUUUGUACCGGGGAAUGAUCUUGGGGGAUUGAGAGGUUUGUUGUUAACAAUUUAACCCCCCCCACCCCCACC